AAGUAAGAUGAGUGCGUGUGUCUGCAUCAAAUAAAACUAAAGCCGCCAAAUAACAAUAGCACCGACCGCGUGUGUUAGCACAGCAUCAAGUAACGCUUUGAGUGCAUCGCUCCCCGAAAACAAUGCGAACCAAUCGUAGCCUUACUUACCAACAUCGUAGCAGCCUUUGCAAGAGUCUGACAGAUGUGUCAAAAUUAGUAUUUUUCAAAACACAAUCUCCUGUGCGUUGCUCCAUUUAGUUUUUGCUCCAUCCCCUUCCUUUUGUCAUCCACCAACACACACCGGUGACCCUGAGCACACGGAAGCUGCUACCGGAGAGAGAACCGGAACGUACGUGCAUCACACUGCGUGCGAGUUUGUGUGUUUGCGCGCGUGUAUAUGCCUGUGCGAAUAUUUUCUUCCAUUACUUUUGCACGAAAUUCUCUCCAAUCGGGAGAACGAUUAUUUGUUUGUGACUCUCCUUGGUGCUGGAAGAAGCCUCUAAAAAAAAUUCCUACGCUUACGCGUGUCUUUCUUAUCACAAAUGAUACAGGCUUCAGUAUCGGUUCGCAUUUGAAGUAUCGGCUUGUAGUAUAAAUUACGCAAAUUACGAAGAAUUUGCUUAGCUGUAAGAAACAUGACACAGGAAUUUGGAGCAAUUCCUGAUGGUUGUCUAUUUUUAAAUUUCAUCCAAUUCAAAACCCAUCUUCCAUCCGUGAAACAACCAUCCCCUUGAUUUUGCUGUACGUUUACCAGCAUUUCCUCUUUAAGAACCACCUAACCUUUCGUUCCCGUUCCCCCAUUCCAAUCCGGCAACUUCCUGCGUCACAAUGCGCUCUUCCUUCUAUCGGGUUCCGUUCCUUCCGUUUUUUUGACGUUCGCCAAAAGGGAUCCCAUUUGGGCCGAAGGGUGGAUCUGUGUUUAGUUCCUUUUUUUUGUUUGGUUGUGCUCAAGCGAUGGUAUGAAAUACUAUGAAACGCAGGAAGCAAAAGAAGAGGAAAAUAACGCAUUUUCCUCUCGGUUUCUCUCCAACACGCAGUACGCAGCCAAAGAGCAAAUUUGGCCACCGUGCGCAUGUGACGUUCCGGACCGGGAAGUUGGCGUUCAUUGAUUUCAUUGAAGUUUUGUCACCUUCACACUCCAGGCGGCAUGAGAUAGAGCAGCUCUCGUACGCAAUUACGCGUGUACAGUGCGGAAGUGUAUGCGCCGAUUUUUACGCGGGGGGGAUGGAUGGAUCAAGUGUGCGUUAGCAUUGUGGGCAAUGAGUGUGCGUGUGGAUGUGUGUGUGUAGAGUAAAAAGGAUCUUUUGUUUUUUAAUGGAUUUGAUAAGUGCACUUGAAGCUUUGUGGAACGAACGUCACCAGAUGAAAAACUCAUGCUGUCUGAUCUUGCACAUUGUUCAUGCCGCAUUUGUCACGAUUGUUUCGAAUGAUGUGUUGAUCGAGCUCUAGCUUUUGAAUGAUUUCCAAACAGUAGCGAAAAAGUGUCAGUGUGUCACGUGGAAAGUGUACUAAAAAGAAAUGUCAAAAAUAUAAACCGAAAGUGUGUUAGUGUUUUUGAAGUGAAGUUUGCCAAGCAGAAUUAAACGAAAUCGUGUGUGUUUGUGUGAUUAAUUCCAGCUCCAAGUGUCGAUCAUGAUGGGUCUGAAGGUAUUCGCGCUUUUGUAAAUAUAUUGGUAAAUUAGUCUGCAAAUUUUGAAUGUCAAAAAGUCUCACCAAUCUCGGUGGCUUUAAUUGUGAAUAGUGUGAAGUGAAUUCUAUCCCGUUUGCACAGAUCCUUUCGCGGUGGGUGUGAUAUAUUGAAUUUAGUGUAAUAUAAGGUGUUAUACAUUAUGCAAUGUUGUGUCUAAAGUGAGAAAAGCGUCCUAUAAAGUUUGUAAGAAAUAUAUAAAAAACGUACUUCGAAAGAGAAAAGCUGAGGCGAAGGUGUAAAGAAGAACGUCUCACAGCAAAAGGACAGAUUUAUUCACCUUACGACACCAUUAGCCGUAAAGUCUGCAUAAGUGAUCAGGUGACACUUUUUGCGACGGAUUUUCCUGCUCCAAACAGAACUGGCUGGUGUUAGCGAUGGCGAAGGCAGAAUCGAUACAUAAUGGAAUAAAAACAGACGCAACCGAUGAUGUGGAAAAAUCGCUCGAACUGCUCGAUAAGGUCCUGUCGGAGUUCGAAGAGGAACCGGACCGGACAAACCACCACAACCAUCAUCAUCACCAUCAUCACCCGGCAGUGGAACCGGACAGCCCGUCCCAGGGCCACCAAUCGGAGGACGAUGGUUAUAUGAGCAUGAACGGAAGAAGGGCCAAAUUUGUACCUGAUUUUCAACCGACAGACGAGGCCACUGUACCAACGCAUCCACAAGUGCUACAGCUACACCAACCAUCACAUCACCAGCAACCGCAGCAGCAACAUUCGCUUCCGGUACCGACGGACGAAUCGUACUCGCCACCAUCGCCCGAGGAAGCGGAACGAAUCAUUUCCAAUUUGCUACCAAGAAUUUCACCAAACACAUCGCCCAAACGGCGACUAGCGGGAGAAAAUGGUCAAACGGAAUGGCGCAGCAGGAAUCAAUCGAUUCGCACCUCGGACGCGAUCAGCAUCGGUGACAGUGACACUUCCGGCGACAACAAACCGUCCUCACACGACGAAACCAUCAUCACGACGAAAAGUCCAACACAAACAACACUGCCAAAGACGCGUCCACCGAAUGCGAUGCCCCAGCGAUACGCAAGUCUUCCAUGCUCGAGUCCACCCAAGUUGCAGGAUGUGUCCGGAUCAAAUGAUACCGCUGGCGGAAGUCUCGACGGUGGCCGGAACAAGCUCGGCAUCGGUAUUAGUGCCGUCCACGAUGCGGUACUACGGGGGAUGGCCCGAUUGCCUGAACCGAUCCUUAACGAGCAUCCAGUAACAAUCUAUCCAGGACGGUCGUCACCAACACGUCGUAUGCCACCACGCACACUGUCCGGUUCGAUGGAACGCCAUCGGUUUCCGACGUCCGACAACUCCACCUCCACAUCGCAGGAAAACUCCUCGCCGGAAAACAACGAGUCCGAGUACAACGAAUCAUCCCUAUCGCCCACCCACGGACACCUGCAACCGCUCCAAGGUGGUACACCCGUCACCUCACUGUUGAGCCGAAUAUUUCACCAAAAUGUCACCGGUACACCGUCAGCUUCUUCGUCAGCCGCGCACCAUCUACAUCACGGAGCGGGCCGUAGUCAUCGAAUUGCUUCCGGAGGAACCGGUGCCAUUCCGAACAUUCCCUCCAGAACGGCUGGGCGACCGGACAGUGAUGAUGAGCGAUUUUCCGACGACUCGCUAGAAGAAUCCUCACUUCCACCACCACCCGGACCAGUGACCGUACCACCACCUCCGUCCCUAUCCGCACCGGUAACACCAUCCAAACGGCACAGCAUUGCCUGGGAGGUGAAUCUGGACGAUCCGGCAAGCUUCGGUGAUCCACUCAUCAUCACACCGAAAAGUUCUACCGCAGUCAGCUCGAAGGUGAUUGGCCGACGGAAACCUGGGCCCAAGCACGCAACCAGCUCACAGUCAAGUCUAGAAUCAACGCCAAGCAACAUCAAGAGCGAAUCGAACGAAUGGCCCGAUCCACCGGACAUACCCAUCUGCAGUACCGAGGAUGAAGCGGCCUCCAUUUACUCCGAUUCCGACGACCUCAUUCCACAUAUCCCGGAUAUUAGCGGGCGCGGCACGUACAUCAUACGCAAGGGACGUCGGCAACGGCAACGUUUGGCCAGCCUGGAAUCGGAAGCAUGCAACAAUGGUAUUCUUGCCGGUCCGGACACAGCACCUCCCAACACACAACGGCCCGAAUCGCUCGGUGACGAACACAUCCUGCGCGGUCUGCCAAGUCCCGUCUUUCCGGCAUCGAUGAUAACGCCUAAAUCACGCCACAGCAUCGAUCUGGGUCUGUCCGCAACGAAAACGGCCGCCAGUGUAACGCACCUCAAAUCAUCCCCAUCGGUACCCCAGAAGCUACUGCCCAAUGCCGUACUUUCCCCCAGGUCACGAUUAUCAUUAGACUUAAGUUCACCUACUACCUCAGAGCUUUCAACUAAUGUUAUAAAGAUCACCACCCCGACCGGAAGCUAUCCUUCGCCGGUAUCGGCACACCAUCACGCCUCCUCACCGCUUGGUGCACCACCGGCAACACCACCAGUACACCACGGAUCCACCCUGAACGGGCUCAUCAACAACGGUCCACUAGCGGUCGGUGUCGGUGGUAGCAAUAGUCUGAGCAAAAGCACCAAACCAUCGACGACGGUUGUUAACGUUAGCGGCAAUGGUGGUGCUACCAACGCCAGUAUUGUCAACGUCGGUUCCGGACCUUCCGGCACCAAUCAACCGCAAUCAGCUGCACCAUCGCAACCGGUCGUGUCGGCCCGGUACACCGAGUUCAAGACGUACAGUUCCACGUUCGAUGCGCUGCAGGCACUGGACAACUCGGCCAGCGGUACAAACGGUGCGAAUGGUUCCGCUGGUAGCGCAUCGACCGGUGCCCAUCUGAACGGUUGUGGCCAAGGUACACCGACUGCCGGUAGUUCGGACAAUCCGUUGCUGCGUGUAUCCUCGCUGCCUACCAUCACACCACCGCUAACAUCUUCCGCAACAGCCGAAGGUUUGGCGACACCGCGACGCGAACUGGCCCCGCCAAUCGAAGAGGACGAAGAGGCGGACAGCGACACACAACGAGGGGCCCCGUUGCGCAAGAUAGAAGAUAACAUUAGUGCUUUAUUACGUGGUGAUAUAUCCGUUGCUAGAGUAGCCGACAUACCUCCAGCAAGACGUCCACUAGGUUUUCGUCUAGGUGUUCAUAAAUCAGAAAGUGCCAAAGAAAUGUUGCUGUCGCAGGCAGGGCUCGGACCGUUGCCACCAUCACCGCCAUCAUCCAGCCCGGAACCGCAGGAUAGUGAUGAGUUCCCGCCAUUGCCUCCAUCCCCAACGGAAGAACCUGAGGUCAUGCAUCAGAUGCACGGUAUUCGCAUCAGCUCACGUAAUCGUGGUAGCAACGGUGCACCAAACGGUUCCAACAAGCAUGAUCAGCUAAUACACGGCUACCGAGAGGAACAUCCGCCUGCAAUUCCACCACACCGUGGACCAUCGAUAAAUACGCUUAAAACAAGAUCGAUGGAUGCCGGGUUCAGUAAAUCGUACCGUAACGGAUCGUUCGGUUCGUCGACGUCCCCGCAUGCCCCCGGUACACUUCCUCCCGAUUUGCCCGGUUGCAAUUCGCGACGAAGAGUCAUCACCGGUGGCUACCAGAAGCGCACCGCACAAAGUCCCCGCGAGGAAAGAUCACUGCAAACUUCAUGCAGCCUACCGGAGACACCCAUCUUUGCCCGAGGCUGUGACAUACCAAGAACACCACAUCGGCGUGCACCAGAGGUUCCACCGCACGGUAGCGGAAGUCGCACCGCACCAAGAACUAACUCCACCACCAGCAGUCUCAGAUCGUCCGUCGUCGGUAUCAGUGCCUCGACCACGAUCGGCAGUCGACAGCGCAGCAUCAGCCAGGCGCUCGCCAACGGGGAGAUGCUGCGGCUGGCCGGCGGUCCCGCCCGGGGCUGGUACCCGAAGCAGCGCCACCCGAGACCGGCCUCCACCGAGAACCUGGACCGGCUACAUCCGCAGGGAUCGCUGCGCGCCUGGGAGGCAGCGGGUACGGGUAGCCGCAAACCGCUCACCCUACCACCAAAUCUUACACCCAAAUUUUUCAACAAGUCACCGCGUGAGGCACUGCGCCGGGUCACUAGUUUGCUCAUACGCAAAGGCAAUUCCGGAACGAAGGAAAAGGAACCGAAAAAGGACAAGGACAAGGAUAAGGAGCAAUCGCAUCAUCAUUCGCAACAUCCGCAGCACUAUCACUAUCAGCAACAGCAACAUCAUCACCGUGAUUCGUCAUCCGUCUUCCUGCAGCGUUCACCCGGUUCCGAUGUGACCGAUUCGCGAAGUUUCCCACAGCAUUCGUCCCAGCACACAACACCGACGACGCAGAAGAAGAAAGGUUUCUUCAAGAGCUUUUGGAAAAAGUCACGCCACUAUUCGCUCGAAAAGCAGUAAAGGUUUCCCGGCUUCAGGACACUUGCAAACCUCCCACAAAACCUCCCCCAAAGAACUCAACGGUAGUAAACAGUUAGAAUGCAGCAAGGAAAGAGGAUCGAACGUGGCAAAAGUGGCAGAACAUUGGGAAGGUAAGUGUACCUUUUUGAGACCCGUUUUUUCUUAUUGGUUGGGCCAGUGACAACACUGCUUUACAACGUCACCGUGCGUCACGUCACCAAGCGAAAUGUCGCUUCACACACACACACACGGCAAACGAGCUAACAUGCCUACACGUAAGGUGUUAAGUUGAGGUGAAUAUUUAAGUGUAAGUGUAACUAGUUGUGAGUAGACGAACAGAACAAGAACAAACUACUAGUAUAUACAUUUUAACAACCCCAACAUGAAACCUUCCCACACAAAAACUUGAAUGAAAACAAUGAUAAAACAAAUGAGAUUGCAAAAGGUUACGUUAAAACUUUCCUUUUUGGUUAGAAGAAAAAGCUAACAAAAAAGACACUCUCUUGAAUGACCUUUUUCCCGUUUUCACGAAAUGUUGUUUCAUAAAGCAGCAGAUACCGUGUUCAUUCGCCAGUUUGGGUUUUUUUGACGAUGUUUUGUUAUUUGAUAAAGUGAAGAAAAAACACUUAACAUAUUACUACAAAAAAAACGGAAAAAGCAUAAACAAAAUACAAUUUAAUAUGAAUUUGCUUAGUGCGUUUACGUGUGUGUUGAACGGAAUGAUUUAGAAUAGUGGAAAGUGAUUGUGAAAAAUGCAAACUUUGAUAUCGGUCCUAUUGAUAGAAGUAAAUGAGCAAAAAAAAAUGAAACAGUUAGCAAGUAAUAGGCAAAAAGGGAAAGGAAAACGAUAGCAAAACAAAUGGGGUAACUUUUGAAGAGCAGAAAAGUAAAAUGUCGACAGAAUAGAAAAGUAAUAGCAAACAGGAAAAGAUAUUAAUUAAAGCAAAAGGCAUACGAAUGGCAAGAAGGUAAAACAGAACCGACAAGGAGAUAAAUAGAUGAAAAUGUAUGAAUAAAAUGUUUGUUCCCUACUGUAACUCACACAGGGAGAUGAUGUAAAAGGACUUAUUCGGAAAAUUGCACCAAAAAAAACCAGGAAAAUACAGGAUUUGGUGUAGAAAAUGCCGGAUCGUGCACAACACUCGAAAGUUAGUCAUUUGUUGUUUUCUAAAGAAAUAGAAAUCUUUUGUGAACAGUUUUUGUUGUGUUUUGUCGACAGUUUUUGUUCUCAUUUUUUCUUUCUUUUUUUAUCGAUCAGAGGAGCUAAUGCUACUUUUGCAAUGUUGUAAACUUUGUUCCAAUAUUUUGUAAUUAUUAAAACCAUAACACCGAAGUACGGCAAUUGGUUUACUUAGGGCCUAUACAUAUACAUAGUUUACAUUGUACAGACUGUUACGAAAUGUGUUAUGUUUAAGCGUUAAGAUUUUGUUUGGCUUUUUAUCUUUUAAGUUUAUCGUCUUUUUCUUUUCCUUGUUUCGUUUUAAAGUGCGAUAACCUCACUUUUAUUGGUUUGUGUUUUUUUCUUUCUUUUUCGUGGGUGUUUUGUGUUUACUUUUUUUUAAAUAAGUAAUGCUUAUGUUAACCAAACAGUUAUUAGAGAAAACGUUCAAACAAAAAAGAUUUCGAACAGGUAAAAACAGCAACAAAAAAACAUCUCCGAAGCUGUCCCUUCAGUAAAGAAAAGUCAAGUUUUAUCAGCACCUAUUUGGGUAAAAAGUAAACAUUUAAACUAAAUCUUAACAAAGUUGUAAACGGAACGAAACAAAACCAAACCAUUGUAAACCAGUGAAUGCUGCUAUUGCACACACACACACACUCGAUAAGAAACCCUCACAUAUAUAUACCUAAAUUCACAAAAACAAACAAACAGCAAAAUCAUACACUUACAUACCCGUGGCCGAAGUGGUAUAUCCCUUUUUUGAAGAUGGCGAACCAGAAAAGAAAACAAACACAAACCCUUAAACAAACAAAAGAAACAAAAGAACGCUUUCGUAAUAACGUCAAUAAAAAUGCGAUGCGUGGUAAAUAAAGCAAACGAAAUAAAAGUUAAACAAUAACAUAAUUUAACAAGAAGAAGAAAAAACUGUAACAAAGUGAAAGAUUUGCGAAGAGAAACAAAAACGCGUGAAGAAGAAAAAAAAAUUGCAAAAAACCGCCAACAAAACUGAUAAUAUUAGUUAAUUUGUGCGAAAAUGGCAAAUGAACCAACCAAAACUAAAACCAACCUUAAUAACACAAAAGUACUGCGUAACGCGUAUCGGAAUCUUAAAACGCCCCUAUGGGUAACCUUUAACCCCGUAACACAUCCUUUCCUUCAACUUCGAAAAUUCGAGCAUUGUGACGAGGUGAAAGAGAACAAACGACAAACAUACACUACACAACAGGAAACCAACCAACAUCAACAACAAAACCCCAAAACAAAAUACAGAAAAAAUGUAUCUCACAUUUUGCUUACAUUUGUAUCGAAAAACAAAAAUAAUAAAAACAGUUAGCGUAAAUAAAAAUCACAACUCUAGUGAGAA